UAUGUAUUUGUGUGUUUCAAAAUUGGAUCCAUGAAAAAGCAUUCACGUGCUUUCAGUUGAUUUGCCCCCAUAUGUAGUCACUAGUCAGUCAUCUCUCUGAGUCUGUUAGUUAUGGCGAUGAGGUUGAUUCAUAGUCUUGUUGUUACAUGUCCAGUGACCGUGAAGCUCGGUGCUCCGGCGAGAGUAGUAUCUUCUGCUCGGAGAUCGCGCGUUGGAGAAUGGCGUGGUGUCUCCUCUGGUGCUAGGCCUUUGGUUUUUGCCAAAGCGAAACAGAGAGGAGAGAGUGUUGGGGAGGAGGAGGAUCGAGCUCGUAUCGAAGAUCAUCAUCAGCAGCUCGCUGAUGAUGAUGAGGAGGAGGAGGAGGAGCCAUUUGUGCGUUUUGAAGAGCGUGAUUUUGCCGGCACAGCGUCUGUUCCCGUCUAUGUUAUGCUACCAUUGGGAGUGAUUGAUAUGAAAUCGGAAGUGGUUGAACCGGAAGAGCUUUUGGAUCAGUUGAGAACCCUCAAGUCGGUUAAUGUUGAUGGUGUAAUGGUUGACUGUUGGUGGGGCAUUGUCGAGUCUCAUACCCCUCAGGUCUAUAACUGGAGCGGUUACAAGAAACUCUUUCACAUGAUACGCCAGCUUGGACUUAAGAUACAGGUUGUUAUGUCGUUCCAUGAAUGCGGAGGCAAUGUUGGAGACGAUGUGCAUAUCCAACUCCCCCAGUGGGUAAGAGAGAUUGGUCAAACCAAUCCUGACAUAUACUUCACUGACAGGGCAGGCUUGCGUAACUCUGAAUGCCUUACUUGGGGUAUUGACAAGCAACGUGUUUUAAGAGGAAGGACUGCUCUCGAGGUUUACUUUGAUUACAUGCGAAGCUUUCGUGUGGAGUUUGAUGAAUUCUUUGAGGAUAAAAUCAUCACUGAGAUUGAAGUUGGACUAGGUCCAUGUGGGGAGCUCAGGUAUCCUUCCUAUCCUGCUCAGCACGGCUGGAAGUAUCCUGGUAUUGGUGAAUUCCAGUGUUAUGAUAAAUAUUUGAUGAAGAGCUUAAAGGAGGCUGCAGAGGUGAGAGGGCACAGCUUUUGGGGCAGAGGACCUGACAACACUGAGUCUUAUAACUCAACACCACACGGGACUGGUUUCUUUCGCGAUGGAGGUGACUAUGACAGCUACUACGGCAGAUUCUUUCUUAAUUGGUACUCCAGAGUUCUCAUUGACCAUGGUGAUCGUGUUCUUUCUAUGGCUAACUUGGCUUUCGAAGGAAACUGCAUCGCUGCAAAGCUCUCAGGUAUACACUGGUGGUAUAAAACAGCUAGUCAUGCAGCUGAACUCACUGCUGGAUUCUACAACUCCUCAAACCGUGAUGGCUACGGUCCAAUAGCAGCAAUGCUGAAGAAACAUGACGCUGCUCUCAACUUCACAUGCGUGGAGUUACGAACACUUGCACAACAUGAGGAUUUUCCAGAGGCACUGGCUGACCCAGAAGGUCUAGUUUGGCAGGUGCUGAAUGCAGCAUGGGAUGCGAAUAUACCUGUAGCUAGUGAGAAUGCUCUUCCUUGUUAUGACAGAGAAGGUUACAACAAGAUUCUUGAAAACGCAAAGCCACUCAACGACCCUGAUGGUCGCCACCUAUCUUGUUUCACUUACCUCAGGCUCAACCGUACUCUGCUGGAGUCUCAAAACUUUAUAGAGUUCGAGAGAUUCGUCAAACGAAUGCAUGGUGAAGCUGUUUCGGAUCUUGGUUUGCUUCCAAGGGUCAAAGAGACCAAACUGGAGUGAAGCCGUUGGGUGGAGGGAGUCGAAACAAAGUUUUCAGUUGUAUCCAAAAAUAAGUGAGCUUGUUGUAAAAUGAAUAAUAGUGUACACAACAGUAUAAAUGUUAUGUCCAUAAAAAAAAGAAUGAGUAGCAAGCAAAAGAAGAGGAUAAUGUAUGAA